GCCCCUCAGUGUGCAGACCCAGGCUGGGCGUGGAGCGGCGGUGCACCCACAGGCCCCGAGAUGCAGGCCCUCGUGCUACUCCUCUGGACUGGAGCCCUCCUUGGCUUUGGCCGCUGCCAGAACGCCGGCCCGGAGGCGGGCUCCCUGGCCCCUGAGAGCACAGGGGCACCAGUGGAGGAAGAGGAUCCCUUCUUCAAGGUGCCCGUGAACAAACUGGCGGCAGCCGUCUCCAACUUCGGCUACGACCUGUACCGCAUGAGAUCCGGCGAGAGCCCCACUGACAACGUGCUGCUGUCUCCGCUGAGCGUGGCCACGGCGCUCUCUGCCCUGUCGCUGGGUGCGGAACAGCGGACAGAAUCCAGCAUUCACCGGGCUCUGUACUACGACCUAAUCAGUAACCCAGACAUCCACGGCACCUACAAGGACCUCCUUGCCUCCGUCACUGCCCCCCAGAAGAACCUUAAAAGUGCUUCCCGGAUUAUCUUUGAGAGGAAGCUGCGGAUAAAAGCCAGCUUCGUCCCACCCCUCGAGAAGUCAUAUGGGACCAGGCCCAGAAUCCUGACUGGCAACUCUCGAAUAGACCUUCAGGAGAUUAACAACUGGGUGCAGGCCCAGAUGAAAGGGAAAGUUGCUAGGUCCACGAGGGAGCUGCCCAGUGAGAUCAGCAUUUUCCUCCUGGGUGUGGCUUACUUCAAGGGGCAGUGGGUAACAAAGUUUGACUCCAGGAAGACUUCCCUGGAGGAUUUCCACUUGGAUGAGGAGAGGACCGUGAAAGUUCCCAUGAUGUCAGACCCUAAGGCCGUUUUACGGUACGGCUUGGAUUCUGAUCUCAACUGCAAGAUCGCCCAGCUGCCCUUGACUGGGAGCACAAGUAUCAUCUUCUUCCUGCCUCAGAAAGUGACCCAGAACUUGACCUUGAUAGAAGAGAGCCUCACCUCUGAGUUCAUUCAUGACAUAGACCGAGAACUGAAGACUGUUCAGGCAGUCCUGACCAUUCCCAAGCUGAAGCUGAGUUAUGAAGGCGAACUCACGAAGUCCGUGCAGGAGCUGAAGCUACAAUCCCUGUUUGAUGCACCAGACUUUAGCAAGAUCACAGGCAAGCCUAUCAAACUUACUCAAGUGGAACAUCGCAUCGGAUUCGAGUGGAAUGAGGAUGGGGCGGGUACUAACUCCAGCCCAGGGGUCCAGCCUGCCCGCCUCACCUUCCCUCUGGACUAUCACCUUAACCAACCUUUCAUCUUUGUACUGAGGGACACAGACACAGGGGCCCUUCUCUUCAUAGGCAAAAUUCUGGACCCCAGAGGCACUUAAUACUCAACUUAAUGUUCAAAUACCCCAGAAGAAAAAAACACUAGCGGGAUGGCAGAUUAUAUAUUAUAUGAAGGCUGCCCCUACGUUUCAAUGUAUACUUUGCAAUAAAAGUGCUUU